UGCAAAUGUUAAAGAUGCAGCAAACAAUCUGGUUUACAUCUGGUCAAACUAGUUGCGCUUGUUUACUUGAAGCGUAAAAACACGUUUUCCGAAGUAACAGUUCAGUUUAUGCAAUGUCUUCAUCAAAGCGAGGGAUUUUAGAGCGUCUUGACUCCGGCGAGGUUAUUGUAGGAGAUGGGGGCUUUUUGUUCUGUAUGGAGAGAAGGGGCUAUGUCAAAGCGGGAGUGUGGACACCAGAAGCUACAGUAGAGCAUCCAGAAGCAGGUAAGAUCUAUUCCUUCUGUUUUCGAGGAUUCAUCGUAUGUGUCGAAUCUAUUUCAACACAAUGCCCUAUUUGCAUAUGUAUAGUGGAAACCUAACUUUAAAAUGCGACCAGACACCAGACACCAGACACCAGACACCACAUUUCAUCACCACAUACAAUCAGGAGUGCGUUGCAGUGAGUAUAGGAGGUGAAAAACAUAAUCACUUGCGAAAAAAUAAGAAACAUCAAAGGUCUGGCCUAAAGUGACCUUUUAAGUAGAGGGAGAGGGUCCUUAAAUAUAGUAACUGAUAAUUCGAACCCUGUCUAAAUAACAUGGAUCUCCCGAAUUUGUUUCGGAAAUUUAACUCCUCUCUUUGUGAUGUUACGUGGUACCUCUUAAAUCCUCAGGAAUAACUUAGCGGCCCCAUCUUGUCAGGCAAUUCAUCAGUGGAUGAAUUUAAACUGAAGGGACAAAAAGUGUGAAUGGCCCCACUAGUUGCAUAAUGCAUGUAGUUGUUUACAUUGAAUAAAGGGGUAAGUUUCUAAAGAAACUGUGGUGCUGCGUUCAAUCGCUCUGACGAAGGGCUAACGCUCGAAACGUCAGCUUUUUUACCCUUUACGGUGGUUAAUUUACGUUUUCAACCCCGUUGUUAACACUAAAUUACCUGCUAGUUGUUUACAUUGGCGCGAGCGUAAUGACGCAGAUAAAUGUAAUUCCUGAAUAUUCUUUUGUAAGAGCAUCAAAAAACUUGUUCAACCGGAUUUUCAAGAUAAGUCUGUUCAACUACACCAUGUUAUCAUAUGGAAAGAGAGAACCGAUGAACUGUAGAACCGAGUAACUGAGGAACCUGGGGAACGGGCGAAGGAGAAAGAAGAACGGUGUUCGGAGAACGGGAUAUGAGGGUCGGGAGCAAGAAUUGGAGUACAAAGAGCGUAAAGGAAGGAACGGGGAAGGGAAUGGCAGGGGGUAAAUGGAAAAUCGUUGAAAAAAAUGGCAUCUGUGAUAAUGUCAAUUAUAGAGGGGCGAUCAAAAUUUAGAAAACGAGAAAUGGAGAGCGUGUGAGAAGAAGUUGGAGCGAGAAAGAGGAAUACAAUGUCGAGACUACAGAAGGAAAAAUCCCUAUUGGAGGUUGGGAAAUGUAGAAUGGGGAAUGACGAAGCGGAAAUGCUGCGCAGAGAAUGUGCAAUGGAAAAGGCUGAAUUGAAAAUAAAAUAGGAAACAGAAAAUAAAGAAUAAGGACCGGAAAGUAUGUAUUGGCAUGGAAAAUUCAAAAUGUCGAAUGUCAAAUACGAAUAAAAAUUUAAAAGAGGAGGAAAGACAUAAAAGAUAAGACGUAAGGGAUGAAUUACGGGCCAUAAAAAAUGAGAUGGAUGGAAACCGAGAGUCUUUUUUGUUCCAAUGGUUAAAGGAAGAAAAUAAAUGUUUCUUACUUCUGUUUUGUUUAGUCUUGCAACUGCAUCGAGAGUUUCUUCGGGCAGGCGCCGAUGUGAUGCAGACGUUUACUUUCUACGCCAGUGAUGACAAGUUACGCAAUCGUGGUAACACGGCUUCCGAGAAGAUUGGGGUAUGAACAACUCAGUUGAAGUUUCUUUCAAAUCGAUUUAGGGUAGUGAUUUAAAAAUAAACUUUGAUCGAGUUGUUUGUCUUCGUUCUGUUUAAGUGCAAGCGCAUCAAUCAAGCUGCGUGUGAUCUCGCGCGUCAAGUGGCCAACGAGGGCGACGCCCUCGUAGCAGGUAACAUCUGCCAAACGCCCUCAUACAUGUCAGGACUUGGUAAAGAAGUUGUUCAGAGAGAGUUUCAGGAACAAAUCGACAUUUUUGUCAAGAAUGACGUGGAUUUUCUGAUCGGAGAGGUAACGUUACAUCUUCCUACGCUUUGCAUUACUUGAACAUAAUCAGUACCGUAAUUCCCAGUAACUAAGCAACACAAGAGUUUCUGUUCAUAGUAAUUUUGAAAUAACUUUGGUUUACCCUUUUCACAGCUUUCCACAUCGGACAUGAAUUAUCCUAUGUGCAGCAUAUGGCUUGUUUCAUGAACUCUAGUUAAAAUAAGGAAUGUGAACUGAUUAAAUUGUCUUUGUUAGUUGUUUUUCUAUGUAGAGGAGGCAGAAUGGGCCCUUGAAGUGAUGAAAGCCACAGGAAAACCAAUUGCCAUGUGCCUUAACAUCUGUUCUGCCGGAGAUUUGGAAGGAGUGUCUGUUGAAGAGUGUGCUGUGAGAAUCGCUAAAGCAGGUAACAGUUGUCUGAAGCUCUGCUAGCCUUCCUUCGAUGCCUUACUACUUCGAUGCUUUAAACCCGCCCAAAGACUGGGUUUGUCUCAAGUGUUUUCGACUGUAACCUCAUGGGAGCUAUACUAAGGCAUGAGUUUCUCAAUUUAGUUGAAUGAAUCUGCGUCUGAGUCUGGAACGAGAUUUUCUUCUCUAACAGCCGAGGAAAUCACGCUGGCUUUUUCCGCACACGAUCACGGGCUCAAGCGUGAAUGAGCAAAAUAUUAUACGCAUUACGUCUGGAGCAACAAGACACAAUAAACGGUAUCAUGCAUGUAUAUGCAGUUAUCUGCAGACCACAUUCUAGGCUCUUAGCCAAAUGAAAGGAAGAAAAAACUACCAUGAAUUACAAAAUGAUACAAUUUUUUUGUUUUUCUUAUUUUUCGGCAGGUGCCGACAUGAUCGGUGUGAAUUGUUACUAUGAUCCGGACGUAUGCUUGGAAACCAUGAAGAUUAUGAAACAGGCCCUGGAAAAGGAAGGACUCAAACGUCAUCUGAUUGUUCAGCCAAUGGGUUACAAGACACCGGAGUGUCUCGACCACACUAACCCAGCCAGACGAAUGGGGAUUACAGGACUAGCGGAGUUUCCUUAUGGUGUGAUAGUUAAGAUACUGCAAUUUUUAAUUGACUGUCGAGAGUGAUUUGGAAUGCGCGUGGUUCUGCUUUACUUUGCUCUCUUAUUUUUUUUUUUCGAUUUAUUAACAAACUGUGAAGCCUAGAACCACCUUGUUAACCUUGAAAGUGCCACUUCACUGCUCCCAAGUAAUGUAAUUCUAAUUCUCCUAAGUAAUGUAAUGUAAUGUAAUCUAACUCACUUACCUGAGAACUAUUAUUUCCGGGAUAUUUCCCCGUUUGACAAGUUCUAUUGGCGCAACCACUCUUUAUUUUCCCUUUUCUUUUAGCUAUGGAGACUCGUUUGCUCACUCGGUUUGACAUGCACAAGUACGCUCGUAAAGCUUAUGAUAUGGGCAUUCGAUACAUUGGAGCAUGCUGUGGAAUGGAGCCUUAUCACGUUAGAGCCAUAGCUGAAGAGGUCUCUAGUUUCAUGUCAUGAGUAACUAAGAUAAAUUAAAGUAAAAUCCGUCGUCCCACAAUGUAUCUACUUGAACAUUUUUGCAGAGAAAAUACAAAAUGCAUCAGCGAACAAAAUGAAUGAAACCGUGCAUGAAAAUGCUUAGGGUUUGCAAGCUUUCUUUCUAUCUUUGUUGUGGAUUCGUGCAUGUUUUUGACAAAUAAGAAAGAAGAGAUAUUCAAACUACAAUCAAAGCUCGACAUAUCUUUUUUUUUAUUGUUGCUGUUACCAGCUUGCAAAAGAACGUGGUAAAUUACCUCCAGCUAGCGAGAAGCAUGCCCCAUGGGGAGACGCCCUACGGCAGCACACCUAUCCUUGGGUUAGAGCCAGGUAAGAGAACCCCUCAGGGAUUAAACUAAACAAAGGUUAGUUGUGAUGAAAGGCAUAGCCUAUGAGGAGAGGCCUUUCGGCAGCACAUUCGCCGUAAUUUAGGGCCAAAUGAGAUAUUACCCCUGGGAUCUGACAAAGGAAACGUAUAGUACCUCUGAUGACAAGCUUGGUUUAUAGGCACUCGCAAUCCCGCAGCAAAACUAAACCCGAGGGUUAAGGAUCGAAAUAAAAAAAUGAUAUCCCAGGGGUAAAGUAACUAAAGCUAAAUAAGUGAUGCCUUUGAUAAUUUGUUCGCAAAUGCUGAUCCAAGAAAGGUAACAUUUUAGUCUUUAAAGCCAAAUAAGUUCUGGCAAGUGCAACUGAUACAAAAAAAUUUAAAAUAUGCCGAAGUUCCAAAAAACUUUUUUUACUGUUAAUGAUUUUCAGGGCUCGCCGAUCUCAUUGGGAGAACUUGCAGCCCACUAGUGGUCGGCCAUUCAGUAGCGCUUUACGUGAGCUGGAUUCACAGUGGGGAAAUCUUAAGGUGGCAGACAAAAACAUGAUUCAACAAAAGACUCUGACUACUGACGAGGAACUGCAUAAGCUUGCUGCAUACGCAGAGACUCACUGAACCAUGAAACUUGAGUGUUUUGUACUCUGUUUGCAUUAAUUUCGGCUUUUCCGAAGUCUUCCUUUUCAAGUCUUGAAUUCUCUCGCUAAGUCAUCCGUCUAGAUACGUUUUCAAGGGACAUUUAAUGACACAUUGAGUGAUAAGAUAUUUGUCUUAAGCUUGGAGGUAUCAAACGACUUGUUAAAAUUUUUUUUGUUAAUUGUGGAUUUUUCGUUGUCAAUCGCUCUGCACUAAAAAGAGUUUGUCAUAAUUUUGCAUUUGAUCCUUAGCGUUUCUGGUUAUAGAUAAUUCAAUUAGGAACUACCCCAAUGGACUUCUUCAUAAACUAACUUAGCAUAAAUAAUGAUGGUGGUGUCUUAGCAACCGACCCGCCUUCGGCUCGCUGUGGUUGUUUGCGGGUCAGCCAAUGUGUUGAUAUCAGAAAAUUAAAUUAAAACGUAUGAACGUGAGCUGUAAAAGUCAAUAGGAUGCAUAAUAAACGCUGACACCUUUCUUUUGCUCGAAAGAUUUAUCUAUUCACAAGCCCUGAGGCAGG